AUCAUGAUGUUGCUUAUUGGUCCAGUUGUGAGGAUUUUUGUUUUAUCUUCAGGUGUAAUCCAUAUGGAAGGCUACAGUCUUUAAUCUUCAUCAGUAAGUGUUUCAAGUACUCUUUGUGUUCAGCAAAUUAAACAUCUGAAACCUCUUAACCGGAGUUAGGCCUGCCAUAUUUUGCCAGUUAGAUUGCUGAUCUGCCUUUUAGACCUAUUAUUAACACCCUGAAGAACUUCUUUGCCCUUCUGAUAAAUUCUGUUUAUUCUGUCUGGAACGAACUGGGAGUAAAGACACUAAACAUUAAACUGGGUAGCUAAUGGAGGGUGAGUGUGAAAAUUUCAAAUGAAAACUUUAGGCUGCCAAACAGACUACCUAAGAAUUAUAAUUAAGGAUAAUUGUCUUAGCAAAGUAUGUCACAACUAUUUUUAAACAUGCAGGGGGUUUUGCCCUGAAACCUAUAACUGAGCUAUUCCCUUAACUUAAACCUUGGAAUGAGCAUGAUACCGAAUCCAAAAUUCUUAGUACAGAACCCAGUGUAAAUUAGAAGCCUUAACAAUUCAAUUCACAUUUUCAUCAAAAAGUGUUAACCGGCUUUUCAAUUUUAGGAACAUUUUAGGAAGCUUAGAUUCAAAUCAUUCAUUCAUUCUUGAUUUGACAAAUAGUCACUGAGUGCAUGCUAUUUGCCAAGUACUACUCGGUGUUGGGUAUACUGUAACAUGCAGAACAAAUAUAGUCAUUGACUUCAGGGAGCUUACUGUCUAGAGACGGAGACAGGCCUUAAACAGACAUUGAGCAAAUUAAAUUACAAGCGGUAGUUAUUAUUUGUACUGAAUCUUUCUCAGUUAGUAGCUGUGAUGACACCCUUCUCUUAGGAGUAUUCUGGAGAGAGAAUAUCGAGUUGUUGUUUAACUGUCAGAAACAAGUAGUUGUAGCUGGGAGACAUGAAGGCUUCUAUAAUGGUACACAUUCUAUAACCAUCACGAAAGCUAUCAUAGAAUUUAUUCCAAGAAGCACUGUCAUCUAUACAUGCAUGUUGAUGGGAUAACUUCUAACUAUAGGGUAGGAAUAUACCUUUGUCUUCUAGAACUCUCCUCAUGAUCAACUGAAAUACUAGUAGAAAACACACACAUACUACAACUUUUCAACUGAACUUUCUAAACUCAUUUUGAAAAACAUCAGUGUUCCAGCAUGCAAAUAGAAUGUUUAUUCAAUUAAACAAUUCACUGGGAAAUAAAGAUUUAUAAUGAACUUCAUAAUGCGCAUUUUAAAAUCUGCAUUGAAUUUACAUUCAAGUUAACCUUCCAUGUAAAUGCACAGCUUCUGUUUGCUAUAGUCCAGUUGAAGGUAUACAAAGUAUUGAGGACUUCAAAGGUAUUAUUCUGCUUAGAAGUUUAACUCCCCGUCCACCCACGUACAUUGUAACACCUCUCGAUGUGACUCCCAGGGGUCCUGGGGGCGUAGUGCUAACCAAAUUCGAAUCCACCAGCCGCUCCUUGGAAACCCUAUGGGGCAGUUCUACUCUGUGCCAUAGGGUCGCUAUGAAUCGGAAUCGACUCAACGGCAGAGUUUUAUGUGACUUCUAAAGUCCUCCAGCUCUCUUCAUCCCCAUCACCCAAAAAGAACUCAGCAGGUUUACACCGAUAGACUCAUUGACUUUUUUUUUCUACUUUUCUCCCUCCUUGGACUUUAAAAGUGUUUCCUCAACGAACAUUUGCCGUUUUAAACUUUUUAUCGCGGCUCGUUGUUGUACUAAACAUAUAUAUAUAUAUACUAGUAAAGAAGCGGGAGGGAAGAGGACGAGGAGCCAAAGUCCCUGCAGGACUUUGUGUCAAGGUCUCGUCCUCCUACCUCGCCGAAUUUAAGCACAUCUAACCCUACUGCUCCUCGCUUCUGACUCGAGGUGCUGCUCACUAGUUCACGUAUCCCUGUACAUCUGAGCGCCAUUAUUUGGUAUUUAAAUAUAUAUUUAAACCGUUUCCUCCUCCCCUUUUCAAAAAUAUUUGAAUAUGUUCUUUUGUGUCUGGUGUUAUUUCUGCCUCUGGUAACGACGCUCCUGGUAAAGAUGUGUAACCUUUAAAUUUAUUUCCUCUCCCAGUAGAGUUACAAUAUUACCGCGUCAGGUGCGAUGGUCCCCGCCCUCCAGAAGUUAGUACCGUACUUUGUGGCCAAGUAGCUUCUUUAACUUCCGAAAUCCCUGAGGUGGUGUCCUCACCGUUAGCUUUCCCAAGUUCCUACCUGUUGCGAGCACUUGGUCUGAGGGGAUGAAUCAGAUUUGUGCAAUGAGCCUCUCCUUCUCCACCCACCGUCCCUUUCGCUUUCCGGGGCGUCUCCGGCACCCACUUCACUCCUCCCAACCUAGGCCCGGAGGCCCGGCCACAGGCGGCAGGGAUCCCCUGCCGGGGACUGGUGCUGCUGGCGGUCCCCCGAGCCGGGAUGGUACCGAGGUGUAGCUCUACUCCCCGCAAAGCCAGCGGAGCGCGCAAGGAACGGCCUGAAAGAGAGGGCUCAGCGGCAGAAAAAAAAGAACGUACCCCGGCCGUCUGGGGAUGCCCUGAGAACCGGAGGGAGCCAUCUCAUCCCCGCCCAACACCAGACGAUGAGAAGACAACGAAAUGAAGUUGUAGUUGAGUUAAGGAAGAAUAAAAGAGAUGAACAUCUCUUAAAGAGAAGGAAUGUACCACAUGAAGAUAUCUGUGAAGACUCUGAUAUAGAUGGUGAUUAUAGAGUGCAAAAUACCUCUCUAGAAGCUAUUGUUCAAAAUGCUUCAAGUGAUAACCAAGGAAUUCAACUAAGUGCAGUUCAAGCUGCUAGGAAGCUCUUGUCCAGUGAUCGAAAUCCACCAAUUGAUGACUUAAUAAAAUCUGGAAUAUUGCCUAUCUUAGUCCAUUGUCUUGAAAGAGAUGACAAUCCUUCUUUACAGUUUGAAGCUGCAUGGGCUUUGACAAACAUUGCAUCUGGAACCUCUGAACAAACUCAAGCAGUAGUUCAGUCCAAUGCUGUGCCACUUUUUCUGAGGCUUCUCCAUUCACCUCAUCAAAAUGUUUGUGAGCAGGCCGUGUGGGCACUGGGAAAUAUUAUAGGUGAUGGACCCCAGUGUAGAGAUUAUGUCAUAAGCCUUGGAGUUGUGAAACCUUUACUUUCCUUCAUAAGUCCAUCUAUUCCUAUAACAUUCUUAAGAAAUGUUACUUGGGUUAUGGUCAACUUAUGCCGCCACAAAGACCCACCACCCCCAAUGGAAACCAUUCAGGAGAUUCUUCCAGCCCUUUGUGUUUUAAUUCAUCACACAGACGUAAAUAUAUUGGUAGACACCGUCUGGGCCCUCUCUUACCUUACUGAUGCUGGCAAUGAACAGAUACAGAUGGUAAUAGACUCUGGGAUCGUUCCUCAUUUGGUUCCUCUGCUCAGCCACCAGGAAGUUAAAGUUCAGACUGCUGCACUUCGAGCUGUAGGCAACAUUGUUACUGGAACUGAUGAGCAAACACAAGUAGUUUUGAAUUGUGAUGCUCUUUCACACUUCCCAGCACUUCUGACGCAUCCCAAAGAGAAAAUUAAUAAAGAAGCAGUGUGGUUCCUCUCUAACAUCACCGCAGGAAAUCAGCAACAGGUCCAGGCAGUAAUUGAUGCCAACCUUGUACCAAUGAUAAUACACCUUUUGGAUAAGGGGGAUUUUGGCACUCAGAAAGAAGCUGCUUGGGCCAUAAGUAACUUAACAAUUAGUGGAAGGAAAGAUCAAGUGGCCUACCUUAUCCAACAAAACGUUAUCCCACCUUUUUGCAACUUGCUGACUGUAAAAGAUGCACAGGUUGUGCAAGUAGUACUUGAUGGACUAAGUAAUAUAUUAAAAAUGGCUGAAGAUGAGGCAGAAACCAUAGCCAAUCUUAUAGAAGAAUGUGGAGGACUGGAGAAAAUUGAACAACUUCAAAAUCAUGAAAAUGAAGACAUCUACAAAUUGGCCUAUGAGAUCAUUGAUCAGUUCUUCUCUUCAGAUGAUAUUGAUGAAGACCCUAGCCUUGUUCCAGAGGCAAUACAAGGUGGAACAUUUGGUUUCAAUUCAUCUGCCAAUGUACCAACGGAAGGGUUCCAGUUUUAGAAAGAUGUUGUGGAAGUUAGGUCCAUGCAGCACUGAGAUAUAUAUAUAUACAUAUAUAUAAAAAGGUUUGAUCCAUCAAGCUUGUCUCAUGGGAUCUGCUGCUGCAUUAAAUCGGGAAAGCAAAUGUGAAGAUUUCAUUUGGAAUCACAGAAAAUGCCCAAAUGAGGUCAAGAUGGCGAGUGGGUGCGAGUGAGAAUGAGUGGCAGAAUGUAACGAAAACUUUACACGAAUGCUUAUUUAGGUUGUUACAAGUAAAAAGGGCUACAGGUCACAGAUCUUCAGUGCCUGAGAAGGAACAUUGACUUACUGUGUAUCAAUUGAGGGGAAAGUGCAGUACUGUCAUCUUCAAGCCUUGUAAGCAUAAAAGAGAAUAGGAUGCCGUAUAAGUCAAAGGAAAAUGAGCCCAGGCCUUGCUGUGAAGCAAUGUGUGAAUGGACAAUGUUGAAUGAAUGUCUGGCUCAGUGAUGGAGAGCCAGGUUCAUCUUUCAAAUCUAGGGCUCUUCACUCCUGAAGCAGACUCCUAGACCUGGAGUGACUGUGUACGAGCGUAUGGUUGUGGUGCUGUAUGUGAACGCAUGCAAGCUUGAUUCGCCUCCAGGGGGCUGAUAACAAACCUAGUAAAUCAUCAGAGUGAGAUCCUAAGUGUUGAUGUACACUGGACAUGA